UUCGCUUGCUUUUCGUCGAAAACCCUCGCUUUUUCGACGAACCCUCGCGAUACAGUCGCCAAUUCGCCAUUGGAGCUGAGCUGAGAACGUACGACGGGAUCGCGGCUUACGGAGAACUUAAGCUCGCAUUCCUCUCCUCCUUCCGCUCCUCUCCUACCCGAACCAUUGAGGAAGGUUAAAUCCAGCUUAAAUCCGUUACUAGACAGGCUAAAUCCGGGGUCUUAGCGGAAACGCAGGCAAAACGCUGAGAAGUUAGACUCGUGGAGGGUGAGAUGGUUCGUGCUUACGGAAUUAAGGUUCCGAAGUCCCUGAAGCGGAAGAGAUCGGAUGAAGAGUUGGGAUCUGAAGGUGCGGAUUACAGGGAUCAUGCCAGGGAGGAUGAGAUGAAAAAUGUGGACUUGAUCGAAGAUAUGCCGUCGAUCCCUAUCAUGCCACCGGUGGAUGAGUCAAAGAAACAUGGUGUGAUAUUCAUUCUUGAUAAGGCUCCCCUUGAGAUCGGAAAAGUUGGGAACAAACAUCAGCUUUUGAACUCUGACGAGCAUGCUAAUUUUCUAAAAAAGCAGGGUAAGGAUCCUUCUGAAUACCGACCUGAUAUUGUCCAUCAGGCAAUUCUUGCCAUUUUGGAUAGCCCCUUAACUAAGGCUGGAAGGCUGCAAGCUCUAUAUAUUCAUUCAACACGAAAUGCAAUCAUCGAAGUCAAACCACAUGUUCGGAUUCCGCGAACUUUCAGGAGAUUCUGUGGUCUUAUGGUGCAGUUGUUAGAGAAGCAAAAAAUAACUGCUGUAGGCAAUCGUGAGAAGCUUCUUGCUCUGAUUAAGAACCCUGUAACCGAUCACUUACCUGUUAAUUCACGAAAAAUAGGCUUAUCAUACAGUUCUAAUAAAUUAGUCCAUGUGCGUGACUAUGUUGCUGCUGCUAGUGACGAUGUCAAUCUUGUCUUUGUGGUGGGCGCAAUGGCUCAUGGAGUCAUUGAUAAAGGAUAUAUAGAUGACUUCAUAUCAGUUUCAAAUUACCCUCUCAGUGCAGCUUGCUGCUUGAGCAGGAUAUGCAAUGCGUUGGAGCAGAAAUGGAAGAUAUUGUAAGUCCAGCUCCAUCAAGCUGUGUGAUUUCUCUUAAGCUUCAGGUCUAUGUAUUCUGCCAAAUCCUUUUGCCCUUCUUUGUCUAGUGAUCAGUUAUUGAUUAUAUAUAAUGAGCAGAUGAUUAAAAUAUACCACUUUAAUAUUGUAUAAAUUUUUGUGCCUUGAAUUUGCUAAUUAAGUUUAUUUUGAUUUCAGUUUCCAUUA